UUCGCCUCCGUACAACGGGCCAACGCCGAGAUGGAACGGCGUUGCCAAGAAGUGAUUGACCGCUGCUGGCAAAAGGGCGAAGAUAACCCGAUUAUUACCAUCCACGACAUCGGUGCAGGCGGCUACUGCGUGGCACUUAGCGAAUUCGUACAUGAUUCCAACCUCGGGGGAAAAUUCGAACUCCGUGAUAUUCCAAACGCCGAUAUGUCGAUGUCGCCGAUGGAAAUCUGGUGCAACGAAGCACAGGAACGCUAUGUACUUGGUAUCGAUGAAUCGAACCUGGCAGAGCUUGAAGCGAUGUGUGAACGCGAGCGUUGUCCGUUCGCUGUGGUCGGUGAAGCAAUCGCCGAGCCGCAACUUAUCGUUACCGACCGCCUGCUGAAAGAAACGCCAAUUGAUAUCCCUAUGAGUACACUGUUUGGUAAACCACCAAAAAUGACACGUGAAGUAGCCACGGUAAACCCUGCAUUUCCAGCUUUAGAACUUGAGAAUAUUACUAUUGCCGAAGCAGCGAGGCGUGUGUUGCAAUUACCCGCUGUUGCGAGCAAGAAAUUCCUCAUCACUAUUGGCGAUCGCAAUGUUGGCGGACUUAUCACCCGUGACCAAAUGGUUGGUCCGUGGCAAGUGCCAGUUAGCGACGUUGCGGUUGCAGCGAGCAGCUUCAAAAAUAACUUUGGUGAAGCUAUGGCAAUGGGGGAACGCGCACCGGUCGCUUCUAUAAACUCACCGGCCAGCGCUCGCAUUGCAAUUGGCGAAACUAUAACUAACUUGCUAGCUGCAGACAUUGAAAAGCUUUCCGAUAUCAAGCUUUCCGCUAACUGGAUGGCUGCGAGUGGCGAUCCACUCGAAAAUCAGCGAUUAUUCGAAACUGUGAAAGCGGUCGGCGAGGAAUUCUGCCCUGCACUUAAUCUGACCAUCCCUGUAGGUAAAGACUCUCUUAGCAUGAGUACCUCUUGGAAAGAAAAUGGCAAAAGCAAAACCAUUACCAGUCCACUCUCACUCAUUAGCACUGGCUUUGCACCAGUAAAAGACGUACGAAAAACGCUUACGCCAGAACUACAGCUUAACGGCAAGCCAACUUCACUCAUUUUAAUAGACCUUGGUAAAGGCAAAAACCGUCUUGGCGGAUCAGCGCUUGCACAAACAUAUGGCCAACUUGGUAAUGAAUCUCCAGACAUUGACCCCGAAACACUAGGCACG